UUCUUUUUUCUUCUCUAAGUCACCGUGUAGAGCUGUAAACAGUGCCACAUUCUUCCCAUUCAUUAACUGCUGUAACUUACCUGUUCGUUUCCAGUCACUUACCUUGAUACUGAGUGUAGUUAAAGCGUCCCAUAGAAUCAUUCUGAAAUUCAGCAUUCAAACCAAUCUUUGACUUUCCAAUGCAGCUGAAUGAGAAGAUGCUGAAUUGAUAAAUGCUCAGUCGGCAUUCCGUGCAGUUGAGACCACUACACUUGUGACCAAACAUAUCUGCUUGAGAACGUAAACUUGAAGAUGGCUGAGAAACAGAUUAGCAUGCCUGCCAAGUUCAUCAAUGGAGGUAUUGCCGGAAUUAUUGGUGUGACUUGCGUCUUUCCUAUUGACUUAACUAAAACUCGUCUGCAGAAUCAGAGAAACGGGCAACAGAUCUAUAAAAACAUGUGGGACUGUUUACGAAAGACUGUUCGCUCAGAAGGUUAUUUUGGAAUGUAUAGAGGUGCAGCAGUAAACCUGACUCUAGUGACUCCAGAAAAGGCAAUUAAGCUUGCUGCUAAUGACUUUUUCAGACAUCACUUGGCAAAAGAUGGAAAAUCCUUGACUCUUUUUAAAGAAAUGCUGGCUGGAUGUGGGGCUGGAACUUGUCAAGUUAUUAUCACCACUCCAAUGGAAAUGUUAAAAAUCCAGCUUCAGGAUGCAGGGCGACUAGCAUGUCAUCAGAAAGCAGUAGUAGGAAUACCAUGUCUGCAGCCUGGCUCAAAGCAUCUAAACGUAGUCCAUGCACUUACAAGGGCAUAUAAUGUUGGACCAACUUCAGUGACUCAAAAGAUCUCUGCUACACAGAUUGCCUCUCAACUUCUGCGAUCAGAGGGUGUUAGAGGACUUUACAAAGGAUUAGGAGCAACUUUAUUAAGAGAUGUUCCAUUCUCCAUCAUCUACUUUCCAUUAUUCUCCAAUCUCAACAAACUUGGAAAGUCUUCUCCUGAUGACCGGGCUCCCUUUCUUCACUCAUUUGUUGCAGGCUGUAUAGCUGGCUCCACCGCAGCUGUGUCUGUCAAUCCCUGUGAUGUUAUAAAGACACGUCUUCAGUCAUUGAAUAAAGGAGCAAAUGAAGAGACAUAUAACGGGAUUAUAGAUUGUGCCAGGAAAAUUUGGAUUAAGGAGGGUCCUUCCGCGUUUUUGAAAGGAUCAGGAUGUCGAGCAUUGGUUAUUGCACCUCUGUUUGGUAUAGCCCAAGUUGUGUACUUUUUAGGUGUGGGAGAAACCGUUCUUGAAUUUGCCCAGUUCAGCUUAACAGCUUAAAUACUUAACAGCUUAAAUGCAACCAUUCCUCGCUACAAACUGUCCUAUGAUGAAACCAAAUUAAUCGAACUAGUAUGUUUUAACACCUAUUGAAAAGCCUCAUGGAAUAACCAAAUACUGUGUUGGGAAGGCUAGUUGGUUUUGUUACAACAUGGAAACAAUACUUUUUAAAAUUACUUUAAUUAUUUUUAUAUUUUUUUGAGGGGGAAUUUGUUAUUUCUAAUCUUUCAGCACUUGGUUCUCACUGACCUCUAGGCAUUCCCUAGCUAUUUGGGAUUGGAGGGGGUGCAUUUUUUUUUUUUACUUUUUAUAUUUUCUGAACAACUCUGUAAAAUAUGAUACGUUUAUACGUCAAUUAACUUUAUGAUGAAGGUUUCAGGGUUUAUUAAGAUAUAUAAUUUAUUUUUGUGAAAAGACUAUUGAAUUUUGUGGAUUGCCCCAUGAAAAUGUGUUUUUACUUGUCAUCACUAUUACUCUAUUGAGAGAAAUCCCUUAAUUUCUUUCUAUUUCCUUUUUCUUUGUACAGAGCAAAUGUACGUUUAGACCCUUUAAAUUAGUGAGUUUCUGGUAUCACUUCAGUAAAAAGCAUAUCGUAGCAAAAAGUAAACUCCUUAAGUCCCAAUUUUUUUUUUUUUUAUUUUUUUUUUUAAAUGCUGUUUAUUUUUUAUGAAAAAAAAAAAAAUACUUUUUGGCAAGCAUUAAACCUCCUGCUUAAUGAACAUCGGUAGCUCUAUACGGCACUGGUAUAAAAAUAAUUGAUCAUCUAAUUUUGGAAAAGAGUGGUUAAAGACUACACUCUCUUGAUGGAAUAGACAGACAUUGGUUCUUAAGGAGUUAAUGAAAUGAUACAGAAUAUUACAUUAAAAAUCUAAAUAUAAAGUGCAUAUGACUAAUAUUGUAGCAGCAAAUUAUAGUAUAUUGAUAGUUCAAUUUACAAAACAUUCAAAAGAAACAUAAUUUUAUUGAUACAAUUUUACCUAUGUAUUUACAAGGGCUAUGAAAUAAUCCUUUAAUGCUUAUAUUUAUCUAGAAUUAUGCCAAUAUUUCUCAAACUAAAUUAUUAGUUAUUGUUACUGACACCUUUGUGUGCUUAAUGCAAAAAAACAACAACAAAAAAAAUCCCACAAUGGAAAUGUAUUGCCCAAAUGCAUGAGAACUUAUUAAUAUAGUAUCAUUGUACAGCGCUACAGAACUUGCUGUUGCUAUAUAAAUAAUAAAAUAAUAAUAGUAUGGAACGGGUAUGUCUAGAAGCUAAAAUAUAUUCUUAGUUGAUUAUUCAUUUUUUUAUUUUUAUUUUUUUAAAUAAAGCAUAACAUUUGAAUUUUUAGCUCUAGAUGAGAAUCCAUUUCUUAGAUUUUAGAUUAUAGAUUGUAUGUACACUAUCUAGUUUCUAUCUUAGUGAGGAAAUCUGCUUUUGAGGGCUAGUUUUUGAGGACAAAUGUCAUAAUAUAUUGAUCAGUAUGCACUCAAAGGGUUAAUGCACGUUUCAGAGGUUCUUGAGGGCCAAUUCUGUUUUCUAUCUGUAACAUUUGAUGGUAAACUUAAUUAACUUUCUGUGCAGCAACAGUAUGACCUUUAUUAAGACUAAGUAGAGGUUCAAUUGUUUCUCAGACAAAAAAAACUGUAUAUAUUUUUAUGUCCUGUAAAAUAUUGUCUGUGAGAUAGUAGUAUAACUGGGCAUUGUCCUUUCAUAUUGGUGUCAUUUUGGGGUGUAUUCUAUGAAAUGAUUAAGUAGCAAAUUGGCUAUGUUACAAAACACUACUGUAACUAUGCUGACUGAAGCUCCUUUAAAAGGUCCAUUAAUGGUUCCAUCUGCAAAAUUGGAUCUUGGAAACCAGCAGUAUCACACUUUUUUGAUAGUAUCAUUGCAUGUAUAUCAUAUUCAGUGAAAAUGGCUAUCUCUGAUACAAGGCAGCUCCUGCUUGUUGGGUAAACAAGGGGCUGAACACAUUGAUUUUACACUAUUGCAAUUUGUGGUUGAAAUUAAGAAGUUGGAAAUUGUAGGUCAAGAUUGCUGAUAUGGAAAAAAAAAAAUCAUUAUAUUCUGGUUUACCAUCACUUAGUUGAAUUGCGUAUGUUACAUCUUGUGAUUGAAGAUCUUUGUAUGGUAUGUAUGUAUGCAUAUAUAGUUUCAGCUUUACAUCUAAAUGGGCUCCGGCUCACAAACAGGAGUCUUGGAACACAGUUAAUUUAAAAUAUAAAAGGCCUGGUUUAAAUCAUACUAGUGUACACAAACAUGGAAAAAAUGCUGUCUUUUUAUCUAAGGGUUACUUACUAGUUUUGAGUACAGUCAUUUCUUUUAAAAUCAUAUUUUUUAAGACUGCAUUAAAACUGCUUCCUUUAUAUGCAAGAAUAUGGAAACAUAUAUUCAACUUAAUAAUAACAGUAGGACAAAGUAUAUAACUUGCUGAUCACUUUCAUAAUAUGCUAGGGGGCAUUACAUUAGGUGCUCACAGACUAUAUUAAGAUGUAGAAGGACUCCUAAGUAAUUCAAGAGUAAUUCAAGGUUAUCUGAUACAGUCAUGAUGUAAGUGAGAAUUGUAAGUUGAGUAGAUGUAAUUUGAAGAUGACCUGUAGACUUAGAUAUGUUGCAGAGCAGGUGUGCCUGUGUGGGUAUCAUACAACUUUUUAUUCACUCCUUUUGAAAUCUAUAUUUCUGUUGAUGGUUUCUUUAGGCGUUACUUUGAAAGUCAUAGUAUUAUAGUCUUUUUGGCAAGAGAAUUACGUUUCAUGUCCCAAUUGGCAACUUAUGAUUCUAAAAUUUUGAUGUUUUUUCAUGGUUCAUCGCAAACCAUUUAUAUUCAGAAUAAAAAUGGAGCUUGCAAACCAAUUCAAUUUUAAUCACAAACCUGAACACAUGGUCUAAUUGCCUGUAGUGGGGCAGGGAUACCCUGUAAUUUAAAGGUAUCACUGCCUUAGUUCUAACAUGACUCCUCCAUACAUGAAAUAAAUAUUCUUCUCUUUAAUGUUGCUACUAAUUUUUUACACUGUUAUGUUACUCUCUUCCCUAUUAUUUUGGAUGCCUUAUUGGUAGAUGGGAUAGAAAACAUUAUUUAAAUAUACAUAUGACUAAAGUUAUUGACUUUACAUUAAGUGUUAAAAUUGGCAAGUAUACUGAUAAAAGUUUUUUUUCUCAAAAUGUUUUGCCUUCCAUUUUAUAAAUGGGAGCUUACUUUUUGCGAUAACAUUUAAGCAUCUUUAGUGCUAAAAUGUUGGUAAGAUGUCAUAUUAUUACUUUAUUUCUUUUAAAGAAAAUGUAGUCCAGCUUUUCAUGGGAUUAGUUUACUUUUUCCCUAAAGCAACGUGUUAUUUACUUCAAAAACUGUGAAAUAGUAUGACUCAAAAUAGGGCGUGUGUACUUGACUGUCUUCCAUACAAACAAGCUUGUGUAUUUAUAGUAGGGUGCUUUAUCUUAAAUCAUUAGGAUAAUCAUUUUAAUAAAGAAGUUUAAAAUAUACUUAAAAUCAAACACCACAGAUCUAACCUU